CAAACACAUACGUAGAAAUAUUAUUCUCCCAUUCUUUCUUCAUAAAAGCAGAACGUCAUAAUAACCCUCUAAUUGAUGGUUUCCUUGACAAUAAUAGAAACCUUCAAGUUUAAUCAUCUAAAAGAACUUAGUAAUGUCUCUCUUACAGGAUUUCUGGCAGUUUCUCCGGCCAUUAUCUUCUGGAUUUGCAGAGUCGUUCACCACCAGCUGUGACUCGGGCGAGUCAGACCCGUGCCGAGAUGACGCGGCUGCUCUCACCCUCAAGCUCGCAGCUAUGGCGUCGAUACUUAUCGCCGGAGCCGCUGGCGUAUCGAUUCCUCUCGUCGGAACCCUCCUCCCGUCAAACGGCGGCUUAAUGAGGGGAGCCAAAGCGUUCGCCGCGGGAGUCAUCCUCGCAACAGGGUUCGUUCACAUGCUCUCCGGAGGCUCCGACGCUCUGUCCGACCCGUGUCUCCCGGAGUUUCCGUGGAAGAUGUUCCCUUUCCCCGAGUUCUUUGCCAUGGUCGCGGCGCUUCUCACUCUGCUCGCGGAUUUCAUGAUCACGGGUUACUACGAGAGGAAACAGGAGAAGAUGAUGAACCAGUCCGUCGAGUCGCUAGGUCAGGCCGGUUCGGCUCUGUCGGAUACGGGUCGGGAAAUCGGGUCAGGUCUUCUUGAAUCGGGUUUUCUGAGGGAUCAGGAAGAUGGCGGGAAGUUGCAUAUCGUGGGGAUGCGGGCCCACGCGGAUCAUCACCGACAUAGCCUCUCGAUGGGUGCCGAAGGCUUUGAGGCUCUCGCAAAGAGGAGCGGAGUUUCCGGAGGCGCCGGUCAUGGACACGGCCAUGACCACGGGGACGUUGGCUUGGACAGUGGUGUCAGGCACGUUGUUGUUUCUCAGAUACUUGAAAUGGGAAUAGUGUCGCAUUCAAUAAUAAUAGGAAUAUCACUUGGAGUAUCACAUAGCCCAUGCACCAUACGUCCUCUCCUUGUGGCUCUUUCCUUUCACCAAUUCUUCGAAGGUUUCGCUCUCGGUGGCUGCGUCGCUGAGGCCAGACUAACCCCGCGUGGAUCUGCCAUGAUGGCUUUUUUCUUCGCGGUCACUACUCCGAUCGGUGUGGCCGUGGGAACAGCCAUUGCCUCAUCUUACAACUCCUAUAGCGUUGCGGCUUUGGUGGCUGAAGGAGUGCUCGAUUCUCUCUCUGCGGGGAUACUUGUGUACAUGGCACUUGUGGAUCUGAUCGCUGCGGAUUUCUUGAGCAAGAAGAUGAGUGUUGAUUUUAAACUUCAAAUUGUGUCUUACUGCUUUUUGUUCAUUGGAGCUGGGAUGAUGUCUGCUCUUGCUAUCUGGGCUUGAGCGUUUUCAUUUCGUUUUUUUUUUAAAAGAUAAUCAAGUUUAUUUUAAGUAUAUCUUUGUGUGUUUGAAAUUUUUGUCCAUGAGUUGUUGUGUGUUGUGAUUUAUUUAUGAACGUAAUAAUUGGACUAAACAUGUUUGUUGUUU